GAGGGAGGAGGAGAGGGAGGGGGUGAGAGUGUGAGUGUGAGAUAGAGUCCGUGCAGCCAGACUCCUCUUCGCCAGUCCUCAACUGCUAAGCGAGUCUGACGGACCGACUGGCGUUACCACCACCCCGCUGUUUUUCUGAGUGUUUCCUCUCCCUCUCCCGUUCUGCUGCGUCCACACCGGCCGUGAAGAUGUACCGGUACCGUCCUGCCCAGGGAUUGACGUUGUUAUUGCCGGUCGCUUUGUGGAUUUUCAGCCAUGCCAACUGUGUGCACGGAGCUUUGCCAACAACCCAGAAGUGUGAUGAGGCUCUAGCGUCUCCUCUGCCUCACACAGCCUUCACCAGCUCAUCUGUCUUCUCCAACGGAUAUGCACCCGGAUAUGCCAAGCUCAACAGGAGAGGAGGUGCUGGUGGAUGGUCACCUCUGGACAGUGACCAUUACCAGUGGCUACAGGUGGAUCUGGGUUCCAGAAAGCAGGUGAGCGCCAUAGCAACGCAGGGCCGCUACAGCAGCUCCGAUUGGACAACGCGGUAUCGUCUCCUCUACAGCGACACAGGAAGGAACUGGAAACCAUAUCACCAAGACGGCAACAUUUGGGCCUUCUCUGGGAACUCCAACUCGGAGAGCUCAGUUCGCCAUGAGCUGCAGCAGGGAAUCGUGGCACGCUUCCUGAGGCUCGUCCCACUGGACUGGAGCGAGGAGGGACGGAUUGGUCUGCGCAUAGAAGUCUAUGGCUGCUCCUACUGGGUGGGCGUGAUCAACUUUGAUGGACAGGGUGUAAUCUCAUAUCGUUUUAAGGUGAAGAAGAUGAAGAUCAUUAAAGAUGUGAUUGCACUAAGGUUCAAGACGUCAGAGAACGAGGGUGUGAUUCUCCAUGGGGAGGGCCAACAGGGAGACUACAUCACCCUGGAGCUUCGCAAGGCCAAGCUGCUGCUGCAGAUAAACCUGGGCAGUAAUCAGUAUGGCUCUAUCCUGGGUCAUACCUCUGUGACCACCGGCAGCCUCUUGGAUGACAAUCACUGGCACUCGGUGGUGAUCGAACGCUACCGUCGUAAUGUCAACUUCACCUUGGACAGACACACCCAGCACUUCAGGACCAAUGGAGAGUUUGACCACCUUGAUUUGGACUAUGAGUUAAGUUUUGGGGGGAUGCCAUACAGUGGGAAGCCAGUGGGAGGAGGGAGAAAGAACUUUAAAGGCUGCAUGGAGAGCAUCAACUACAAUGGAGACAACAUUACAGACCUGGCCCGCCGAAAGAAGCUAGACACCUCCAGCUUUCGUAACUUGUCCUUCUCCUGUGUGGAGACCCACACCUUCCCGGUCUUUUUCAAUGCCACCAGCUUCCUGCAGCUGCCGGGUCGAGCCAAUCACAACACAAUAUCUGUGAGCUUCCAGUUUCGUACGUGGAAUCCCGACGGGCUCCUCUUCUUCAGUAAUCUUGAUGAUGGCACGCUGGAGAUCUCCCUCGAGGACAGCAAGGUUUCAGUUCAUAUCAAUGUGACGAAAGCGACCACGAACAACCGGGUAGACUUAUCGUCAGGUUCAGGCCUUAACGACGGCCAAUGGCACGCAAUACGUUUGGUCGCCAAGGAGAACUUUGCCAUGUUGACAAUAGAUGGCGAGGAGGCGUCUGCUGUGCGCUCCACCUCACCUCUCACCAUCACCACGGGAGGAACCUAUCACUUGGGAGGGUAUUUCCUCCAGACGCUGUUCCCGCCCUCCCAGCGUUCCUUCCAGGGCUGCAUGCAAGCAAUCUUGGUGGACGACCAGCCAGCUGAUUUGCAUGCUGUGGAAAAGGGCACUAUGGGAGCUUUUGAGAAUGUCAGCCUAGACAUGUGUGCAAUCAUAGACAGAUGUAUGCCUAAUCACUGUGAACAUGGCGGCCGGUGUAAACAGACGUGGGACAGUUUCAGCUGUACAUGUGACGGAACAGGAUACACUGGAGCCACCUGCCACACUUCUAUCUAUGAGCCAUCAUGUGAAGCUUAUAAGCAUCUGGGCAGGUCCUCUGACACCUACUGGAUCGACCCUGACGGCAGCGGACCCCUUGGCCCCUUCAAAGUCAAUUGCAAUAUGACAGAGGACAAAGUGUGGACAACAGUAAUGAACAACCUGCCACCCAAAACUGUCGUGACUGGCUCCAGUAGAGAGAGACGCACCGUCUUACAGGUUAACUACAGUGCCUCUAUGGACCAGGUGACAGCCAUCACCACCAGUGCAGAAUACUGUGAGCAGCGAAUCGCCUACAGCUGUCGCAUGUCCAGACUGCUCAACACUCCAGAUGGGACACCCUACACGUGGUGGGUGGGUCGGGGCAGCGAGAAGCACUUCUACUGGGGGGGCUCAGGGCCUGGCAUCCAGAAAUGUGCCUGUGGCAUCGACAGGAACUGCACUGACCCCAAGUAUGACUGCAACUGUGAUGCCGACCACAAACAAUGGAGAGAAGAUUCUGGUCUCUUGGUAUAUAAAGAACACCUGCCAGUCAGCCAGGUUGCCGUGGGUGACACCAACAGGCCGGGCUCUGAGGCUAAGCUGACUGUUGGACCACUCUGUUGCCAAGGAGAUGAUAACUACUGGAACGCUGCAUCGUUCACCACCCCGUCAUCCUACCUGCACUUUGCCACUUUCCAGGGUGAGACCAGCGCCGACAUCUCCUUCUAUUUUAAGACCAGCGCAUCCUACGGCGUCUUUCUGGAAAACCUGGGCAACACCGACUUCAUCCGCUUGGAGCUCAAAUCUCAUAAAAUCAUUUCCUUCUCCUUUGACGUUGGAAACGGACGUGUGGAGUUGACGGUGCAUUCGGCCACGCCCCUCAAUGACGACCAAUGGCAUCACGUGAUGGCCGAGCGAAACGUCAAAGAGUCAGUCCUUCAGUUGGAUCAGACAUAUCGGGCAUCUCGGCUUGCUCCUGCACAGGGCCACACACGGCUAGAGCUGUUCAGUCAGCUCUACGUGGGGAAACCAGCCUCACUCACCUGCCAAGACAGUGCUGCAGGGGGGCAGAGGGGGUUCCUGGGCUGUAUCCGAGCCCUGCGGAUGAACGGAAUCACCCUCGACCUGGAAGAGAGGGCCAUGGUGACGCCCGGGGUCAAGCCCGGUUGCCAAGGACACUGUACCAGUUUUGGCAUGUACUGCCGGAACGGAGGGAAGUGUGUGGAGAGGUACAACGGCUACCUGUGUGACUGCACCGCCACUGCCUAUGACGGCCCGUUCUGCACCAGAGAUGUUGGGGGUUUCUUUGAGGCAGGAACACUGGUCAAGUACAACUUCAUGCCCGAAGCAGUUGCAGGAGCCAGUAGGGACACAAAGAUCCUGACGCACCAGCUGAUGCCACAUGAAGUGAAUCUAACAAAAGAGGAAGUGGCUUUCAGUUUCAGCACAUCCAACGCUCCAGCUAUUCUGAUGUAUGUCAGCUCCAAGACGCAGGAUUAUCUGGCUGUGGUUCUAAGGCAGAACGGUUCUCUACAGGUGCGGUAUAACCUGGGAGGACUGAGGGAGCCAUUUUCUAUAGAUGUAGACCAGCGUAACCUGGCCAACGGACAGCCACAUAGCAUCAACAUGUCCCGUGUCGACAGAAGCAUCACCAUCCAGUUGGAUCAUUACCCUCCAGUGAGCUACACCCUCCCAGACGCCUCAGACACACAGUUCAACCUGGUCAAGACGCUGUUCUUAGGCAAAGUCUUUGAAACUGGACACAUAGACCCAGUCCUCAUCGAGCGUUACAACACCCCAGGCUUCGUCGGGUGUCUUUCGCGGGUACAGUUUAACGGAGUCGUCCCCCUCAAGUCUGCACUGAGGACCGUCGCACAGGCCCAGGCCACACCGACAGCCGGUCAGCCAGACCGACAACCUGCAGCCGCCUCGCCGGUGUCUUUCCAGGGCAAACUGGUGGAGUCCAACUGUGGGUCGUCACCUCUCACCAUCCCACCAAUGUCUGCAGCAACAGAUCCCUGGCGUCUGGACAACACAGAUGCAGAGUUCCCCUUCAAUGAGGAGAGAGUGAUUCCUGAUGGAGUCAACAGAGACUCGGCCAUCAUUGGAGGUGUCAUUGCGGUGGUGAUCUUCACCAUCUUAUGUACUCUGGUGUUCCUGAUCCGCUACAUGUUCCGUCACAAAGGCACCUACCACACCAACGAGGCCAAGGGCAGCGCGGAGUCCGCUGGAGAAUCGGCAGACACAGCCAUCAUCGGCACCGACAACCCAGAAACCAUUGACGAAUCAAAGAAGGAGUGGUUCAUCUAACAGCCAGUGGUGGGACUUUGAGAGUGGAAGUGAUGCGUCAGACCACCAGGUGCCACAGAGACGGAGGAGGCUUAAUUCAAUGACCAAUCCCGGGAGAGAUGGAAGGAAAGGCCAUUCAAUAGGACACUAAUCUCCCAGAGAGGGCGGGGAUGUGGGAAAGACGUGUACAAAGAUCUUUGUUUUUUUCUUUGUUUAUGUUUUUUAUAUAUCCAGAGUAUUAGAAAGAGAAGAGGGACAGUUAUGCAGCGGAGCACGGCUGUAAGAGACUGUACAUGUACAUACUAACCGGUUUGUCCUUCUUUGUAUCGUACUUGGGAGUUUUCAGGAGUCCUUUGAAUACUGUAUAUGACAAAUAAUUAUACUUACUGGGUCGUGUGAUAGCACAGAUUUAUUGCCAGUCUCUCUGUUGCAUUUUGAUUUUAUUUUUUAACAAAAAUCUUUUAUCAAAAAUGAUCAAAUCAACAUGCCAAACCCUUAUUUUUUUUAUCAGGCUGUAGUUGUACCAGUCUGUCAACACUCAUAUCCGUCAAAUGGCAUUCCACUUAUACUGUGGUAAUAUAGAGUCCAAUAUAGAUGCCAAAACUCACUUUGUAAAUACAAUAUUUUGUGUUAUUUUUUCUUUUUCUCCAAAAGAUUUAUUCAGAGUCCAUUACAUUAACACUAAUGAGAAAUGGCAGAUCUAUAUUACAACAAUAUCAUAUGUCUGUCCAUUACAUUAUAUAUAUAUAUAUAUGUAUUAAAUAUAGAGUUUUAUGUUAAAAUCUUAUGACAUUCGAUUGUAUGGGACAUUCCUUUCUGAGGAAGAGCAGAGAGGGGUUUCUCAGAGCAUGAUGGGAAAUCAUGACACGCCAUGGUUGGUUUAGCUCAGCAGCACGGCAGCUUUCUUUUUAUUUGGAACGGGUGAAACCAUGAGCCUUUACUUAUUCAGACUUUAGCAAUCUGUUUGUUUCUUUGCCAAACACUUGAGUCUUACGUCAUGUACCGAUUGGCUCCGAUUUUUGCGUUAAAUGUUUUGACUUUUGAGUUGAGGUGAAGUGAAUUUUUACAUCUUAAACUGAUGUUAGCUGUGGGUUUGCAGUGUGUACAUGCAUCUGUGUGUAUAUGUGUAGGUCAGAUGAAUAUUACUUGUUAUUUUGAACAAAAGGAGUGCCAGAAAAGACAGUUAGGACAGUCACACAGAUGAGAUCGAACAACUUGUCUGACACUUAAUGACUUCUAAUGAUGAACUAAACACCAUACACUGUGGUCGAAGCAGUAUAAAACACAAAAAAAUCAUUGACCCCUAAUAUUUGUUCAAGAACUGGGAAAGGUUAACAUGAGGAUUGGCUUUUUAGUCUGUUGUGUGCCUUCAAGGUGUUGAGCCAUUGCGCCUUGCCCCAGACCAAUUAACACAAACUUAUUACAAUAACUUGCUGCUGCUGCUGCAUGAAUUCUUAGUAAUCACAGUUUUCGAAUGUCUUUAUCUUUCCUGAUUUGAGUGGUGCUGUGUUCAAUUAACCAUGGUUAAUUGAACACAGCACCACUCAAAAAUUGGUUGAAGAUUGGUUUGGAAUUCAGAAUGCUUGGCUGAGUUUCUCUCAAAUCCUAAACAAGUCUGACAUUUCCAGGCAUAGCUGUUUAGGAUCUUAUGCAGCAGCAGAACAAAGGUACAUUGGCAUGUAGGAGAGCUGCACGCUAUACAAUACACGAGAGGUUUACGCCUACCCUCUGUGACGCACAUACACACGCAAACACGCAUGUUCGAUAGAGCAUGAGUCAAGGUUCUUCAUUCAAUUACAAGAUUUCAGAAUGAGGAGGCUGCUGCUUUGUCAACAAUGAAUUGAGCUUUACUCUAACAGUGCCACUGUUGUCCAACAUACAAGAUGUACAGUUUAUAUUUUUUCUUUAUAUUUUUUUUAUGUUGUUUUUCCUGUCAUCACUGCGUGUGUUUACCUUACUGUAGCAUUUACAGAACAUUGUGUUCCAGUUGAAACCAGCUGCCAACUUUGUUAUUUAGUUGUGGAUUUGCUUUCUGUGUGUCUGUUUAGUCAAAUUGCUGCCAGGGCACCCUGUUACAUGAAUGAUUUUGUACAUCAUCGUCACCUCAUGGUUGAGUGCUAACUGUAGAUCACUUCAUCAGAGGCAUUAGGAAAGCUGGUGAACUCAGCCUGCCUUCUACUGCAUCCGCGGCCUCAAGGAAGACUUUCUCUGUACACAAACAUCACACCCAUUAGGGAAACCCGGUGACUUGUCCUUUUUUUUAAAUAUAAUUAUAUUACUCAGAAUAUACAUAAAAACGCACACAUGCCCUUGAUAUGUGGUUUGAACGUAACGAUGAUAAUGGAUUAUCAGCUCCAACAGACAUAACCCAUAUGUUUUGCUUUCAGUUCUAUUUAGUUCAAUAAAGAGUGUUUGAUCUUUAAUA